AGAGGAGGAGGAGAAACUGCCCUUCCUAAACUCCAUGGCGGCGGCGGCGGCGGCGGCGGCGGCGAAGAGCCAGGAGAACGCCAGGCUCUCACCCGGGAGUUACGUGCAGGCGGUGCUGCGGGGCACCUGCGAGCCCAAGGGGCUGACGCAGGAGGGAGAGCCGGUGCAGGACUCUGGAGCCAGGAAAGAGGAGCCCGUGGACGACCCGUCGGAGCGGCCUAAGGCGCGGGGCCGGAGGAAGCCGCGGGUGCUCUUCUCGCAGGCGCAGGUCUUCGAGCUGGAGCGGCGCUUCCAGCAGCAGCGCUACCUGUCAGCCCCCGAGCGCGAGGUCCUGGCCAGCAGCCUCAAGCUCACGUCCACGCAGGUGAAGAUCUGGUUCCAGAACCGGCGCUACAAGUGCAAGCGGCAGCGGCAGGACAAGGCCCUGGAACUCGGCGCCUCGUCGGGCGCGGCGGCCCCGCAGCAGCAACCACCCCCGCCGCCGCCGCCCCCCCGCCGGGUGGCCGUGCCUGUGCUGGUGAGGGACGGCAAGCCGUGCCUGGGCGGCUCGCAGGCCUACAGUUCGCCCUACACCAACACCGCCGCUGCCUACCCCUACAACGGCUUCGCCAACUACGCCUAUGGCAGUUCCCCCGCGGCCGCUUACGGCGCCGGCUACGGCUGCAGCUACCCCGCGGGCAGCGGAGGGGGACCCUCGGUGCAGCCGGCGGCGGCGGCGGGGCACUAUGUGAACAUGGGUGGCUUUGCCAGCAGCGCCCAGCCCCUGCACCAAGGCGCCGCCGGGCCCUCCUGCAGUCAGGGCAUCCGAGCCUGGUAGCGCGGGAGGACAGAGCAGCUCCUGCCAUGCCGCGGGGCCCGGGCAGGGCAGGGCAGGGCAGCGAGGGGGCAGCCCUCCGAGUGGCCCCCCUCUCCGAGACCUGCCUCUGCACCCUUGGGGGGCCUGGCACAUACACUGUGGGCAGCCACAAGCCACCCGGAAAGGCAGCAGCACUUCCGCGCGGCCCCCACCCCCGGGCAGAUUCUGAACCUCAGAUUUUCAGCUCCCGGUCCAUCUGGCUCAGCGCCCUGUCUAGCCGGACAGACGCCCAAGGGGCUGCCCAGCUGCAACGCCCGCCAGAUGCCCCGUCUGAACAAGGUGGCGCUAGCACAGACUGCAGGGAGGACUCUUUGGAACUUCCCAUCCUCCUCCUCCUUCUGCUAUCAGCCUCCGUAAUGGCUCGCCAAAGCUGUCCCGGGAGGGCGCAGCUGCAGGCCCUGGAUCUUCCCCGCUGCCUGGGACUGCUGGACGGUGCGGAAGGGGGGCAGCCGUUUUCCCGAAGCAGCUUCGCUUGUAGAAAGCCAAAGCCGGGGUGGAGGAAGCCUCGAGCCACCCCUUUCGUUGUAUCUAACGUGUAUCGAUGUAACUACCGCUGCAGGGAGUUAAA